CGUCUGAAGACGUGUUUGUUUAACCGCUGAGAUCAAUGAUGGAUCAGCCCAUCACGGAAAUAUGUUUGAAGUUUGAAAGAAGGAUCGCAGAUUAUGAGGCUGAAAUCUUACGUCUAAAGGAGGAAAAUUCUCGUCAGAGGAAACUACUGGACGCCAUUUAUAAGCCUGAAGUACGGAUAUACAAAUCAGACCUCCAGCAGUUCCUUGUUUCUGAAGAUAAGGUUCCCUCUGUGAAGCAGGAGUGGAGCCCCAUCCUGGACCAGGGGGAGCCAAAGCCCCCACACAUUAAAGAGGAAGAGGAGCAACUCUGGAGCAGUCAGGAGGAAGAGCAGCUUGAAGGACUGGAGGAGAAGGCUGACAUUACCGAGCUGUCAUUUCCUCCUGUCCCUGUGAGGAGAGAAAAUGAUACGGAGAGAGCUCAAUCCUCUCAGCUUCAUCAAAGCCAAACUGAAGAGAAAAGAGAGGCAGAGCUUCCAGCCAGCACCUUAACUGAGCAGAUGAAACCAGAAACUGAUGGAGAGGACUUUGGACCAAUAGAACCAGCCAGUAACCUCAAUCAAGAUUGUAAUUUACAACCAACUAGUGAUGGAUAUCUCUCUUCAGACUGUUGUGAAAGUGAGACUGAAGACAAUGAUGAUGACCUCCAGCAGUUCUUUGUUUCUGAAGAUAAGGUUCCCUCUGUGAAGCAGGAGUGGAGCCCCAGUCUGGACCAGGGGGAGCCAGAGCCCCCACACAUUAAAGAGGAAGAGGAGAAACUCUGGAGCAGUCAGGAGGAAGAGCAGCUUGAAGGACUGGAGAAGAAGGCUGACAUUACCGAGCUGUCAUUUCCUCCUGUCCCUACUGUUGUGAAAGUGAGACUGAAGACAGUGAUGAUGGUCGAAACAAGACUAAAGAACCUCACUCAGGUUUGGACACAAUAG